GCGCUGCGAGCGCAGCCGCAGUCUCCAACCUCGGGCUGGGACUCUGAACCCGAGGUGCACGGCGGGGCGCAAUGGCUGCGUGGGGCGAGCGGCUGGCUGGCGUCCGCGGGGUGCUGCUCGACAUCUCGGGCGUUCUGUACGACAGCGGCGAGGGCGGCGGCAAGGUGAUCGCCGGCUCCGUGGAGGCGGUGGCGAGACUGAAGCGGUCGGGGCUGAAGGUGAGGUUCUGCACCAACGAGUCUCAGAAGUCCCGCCGACACCUGGUGGCAGAGCUUCGCCACCUGGGCUUCGACGUCUCCGAGAGCGAGGUGACCGCCCCGCCCCCAGCCGCCUGUCGCAUCCUGAAGGAGCGAGGCCUCCGGCCACACCUGCUUGUCCACGACGACGUCCGCUCAGAAUUCAAUGACAUCGACAUGUCCAACCCCAACUGUGUGGUCAUUGCAGAUGCAGGAGAGAGUUUUUCCUACCAGAACAUGAAUAAGGCCUUCCAGGUGCUCAUGGGGCUGGAAAACCCCGUGCUCAUAUCGCUGGGGAUGGGACGCUACUACAAGGUCACCUCCGGCCUGAUGCUGGACGUCGGCGGCUACACGAAGGCACUCGAGUACGCCUGCGGAGUCCAAGCUGAGGUGGUGGGGAAGCCGUCUCCCGAGUUUUUCAAGUCUGCCCUGCGGGAGAUGGGGGUGGAGGCCCGCCAGGCCGUCAUGAUCGGAGACGACAUCGUGGGUGACGUCGGCGGUGCCCAGCGGUGCGGGAUGAGGGCCCUGCAGGUGCGGACCGGGAAGUUCAGGCCCAGCGACGAGCACCACCCGGAGGUGAAGGCUGACGGGCACGUGGGCAACCUCGCGGAGGCCGUGGACCUGCUGCUGCAGCACGCGGACAAGUGACGGGCCUUCGGGGAGGGCCCCUGCCUCCAGCACCCCUCCCCCAGGCCCAGACCCCCCCCAGGCCCCACCCGCAGGGGAGAGCGCCCCUCCCUGUCUAAUCACUCCCCCACCCCAACCCCCGUGACCCCCGCCUCCCAGCAGUCAGCAGUGCAUCCCCCGACACCCUGCUCCCCUGCCUGCCUGCGCAGCCCUGGUGAAGCUGGGGUGACAGCAGGGGGACGGGCCCCGAGAGGGUGCUCCGGGGGUGUCCGGGACACCCAAGUCCACACGCGCUCAUGAGCGCCGGUCUGCAGCGCUCCUCCCGCCUGGACCCCACGGCGGCCGCCCACGGCCGCUUCAUCAAACGUCCUUGGCACUGUGGCGAGGAGCCCAGAGAAAGCGGGCACCUCCCUGGGGUGGCCCAGUGACCGGCCCUGCCCAGCCCCCGCCAGGACUCAGAGUGGCUGCUGAGCACCCCCCAACACAUUCACACCAUGCUCACCCACCCCUUCCCUGUCCCCACAAGUUCCCUGGGGAGCCAGAAGCCGGGGCAGCUCCCAGGGGCACUCGGAAGACCACGUGCUGUGAAGACAAGAAAGCCGACCCCUGGGGUCAGGGGUGCAGGUGCAGAGGGCACUUUGUAGAGCCGUAACCUGGUAGACUUGAGUGUGUCGUGCCCACUGUACGCAGGAGACAGUUCAAUAAACCACCCUGACCUGCG